AUGCGGUCUGUACAGCUGGCCCUCAUUGCCCUGGCCGGGCUCGGCGCCGCGCUGCCGCAAGACGCCGCCACCAACAAGCAGUACAAGCGCACCGAACACGACGUCGAGUACAACGUCUUUGAGCACGCCGCCACCGGCACGAGCCUUAAAUAUGUGUCCAACUCGGGAAUCUGCGAGACCACGCCCGGCGUGAACCAGUACUCGGGGUACCAGACUGUCGGUGAGUUUUGUCGUCCUACCGGCUCUUUCUCUGACCCGGCUGAUGCGAAACCAACAAAACAAGGCGACAACCAGCACAUGUGGUGGUGGUUCUUUGAGGCCCGAAAAAACGCAAAGACGGCGCCGCUGGCCCUCUGGCUCAACGGCGGUCCCGGAUGCAGUUCCAUGCUCGGCCUUUUCCAGGAAAACGGCCCUUGCACCUUUAACGGUGGCGGCUCGCAGCCCAAACUGAACCCGUACUCGUGGAACAACUUUGCCAACAUGCUCUACGUCGACCAGCCCAUCGGCGCCGGCUUCAGCUACGGCGACGUCAACGCGGCCGACUCGACGCCGCACGCCGCCCCGGCCGUGUGGAAAAUGGUGCAGGCCUUUCUCUCGCAGUUUCCCGAGUACAAGUCGCGCGACUUUGGCCUGUUUACCGAGUCGUACGGCGGCCACUACGGGCCCGAGUUUGCCUACUACUUUGAGCAGCAAAACGCCGCCAUUGACGCCGGCACCCUCACCGGCGACAAGAUUAACCUCGUCGCCCUCGGCAUCAACAACGGCUGGCUCGAUCCCGAGAACCAAUACAAGGCCUACGUCGACUUUGCCGUCAAGAACCAGUACCGUCCUCUGCUCAACGCCAGCGACGCCCAGCCGUACUACGACGCCUGGAAGAACAAGUGCGUACCGGCCUACUCGGGCUGCACCGAUGGCGUCGGCAGCAACAGCAUCUGCGCGCGCGCUGACGCCCAGUGCGCAAACUCGGUCGAGAGCCCGCUGGAGGACCUGGCCCAGUUUGACGCCUACGACAUUCGCGCCGACGACGACUCCUUCCCGCCGAGCACCUUUGAGAGCUAUCUCACCAGCGCCUCCGUCAAGAAGGCGAUUGGCGCCACCUCCAACUUUUCCUCGUGCGGCCGGUCCGCUAUUGGUGGUGAUGACAGCGCUCGCUCCUUUCUCGAGCCCUUAUCCAAAGUCAUCAAGUCUGGCGUCAACGUUUUGAUUUGGGCCGGUGAUGCUGAUUGGAUCUGCAACUGGAUCGGCAACUACGACGCCAUCCAGUCAAUUGCACCGCAGGAAUUCGUCUCAGCUUCCAUUAAGCCCUACACUGUCGGAGGCAAAAAGUACGGCGAGUACAAGACGGCCGGCAAGCUCAACUGGCUGCGUGUCUACGAGGCCGGCCAUGAGGUGCCCGCGUACCAGCCCGAGGCGGCCCUUGCUGCUUUUACCUCGAUCAUGUCGAAGCAGAGCCUCAAGUCGACUUAG